AUGUCUGCAACGAGUGAGCACAUCACUUUUCGCGAGUUUCGUCCCCAUACAUAUCCCUACGACACUCUAGACAGAGACCAGUUAGCCAGCUAUCGCAUAGUACAUCACCUACCCGUCGAUGGCACAAGCGUCCCACGGAGGGACUCAUCAAGCAUUGAUGGAGAUCCCUCUCCGCCCAGGAUCUCUCAAGAAGACCUCCCCAGGUUUCCCACUCCACCACCAACCAAGCCCCCAUGUAAACUCGUCCAAUUCUUUGAAGACCUAUCCAAACGGCUCCUCAAGACCCUUCGAUCAUGCAAAUUAUUCCACUCCUGCUUUCCCCUCAGCGAACUCAGCGAUCCCGAUUCCGCAACUGCACGUAUGCUGCAUGCGCACUGGGAGGACCGUCCAGAACCACCACCUCAUUGGACCUAUCAAGCAGCGGAAAGAAGGCCCGGGAUUGUUUACCUGCCGAGUUCGAGAUCGCGGUUUGUAGAUGACACGACGGGGAGGCCGACGUGGGUGCUUGAGGCUGAGGCUACUGAACAAGGAAGAUUGUGA